GCCACGCCUCUUCCUCACAAAUGUGAAUAUAAUGAACUUUGCUCUGCUUUUUUGACUGAACCCAGGUGUAUAACAUGCUGCUUCUUCAGGACCUGCUGGACAUGAUCAUGGGAAGCACGUUGGUCAAGUGUGCAGUCACCGACCUGUCCAUUCAGUGGCUCGGCUGGGCAGUAGCGUCUGCUUUCAAAACGGAAAAGUUUUACGACUUGGCAGGAUCUGGUACCUUCAUAUUGCUGGCUCAUCUGAGUCGUCAAUGGGGCGGAAAUGGCCACUUUAGACAGAACGUACAAACUGGACUCGUCACUGCCUGGGGUCUGAGGCUCGGGACAUUUCUCUUUCUUAGAAUCCUAAAGGAAGGACAAGACCGGAGAUUUAACAAUGUCAGAGACAGCCCUGGGACAUUCUUUGUGUACUGGACCAUGCAAGCUUUGUGGGUCUUUGUUACCCUGUUGCCCACCCUAAUUCUAAACAGUGAGAGAAGGGAUGCGCCCCUGGGCCCACGUGACUACAUCGGCUGGGGAAUAUGGGGGCUGGGUUUUGCUACACAGGCCAUUGCUGACCAGCAAAAGUGGAAUUUUAAGAGUGAUCCAGAUAAUGCUGGAAGGUUUAUUCAUCAUGGACUGUGGGCAUACAGCAGACACCCAAACUAUCUGGGGGAGAUCCUGCAAUGGUCGGGCCUGUUCGUGUCUGCUUCCUCCGUCAUGCGUGGACCUCAGUAUCUCAGUGCACUUUCUCCUGUCUUCGUCUGGUUCUUACUGAGACACGUUAGUGGGAUCCCCAUCCUUGAGAAACAAGCUAUGAAGAAGUGGGGCUCAGAUCCUGCUUUCCAGAACUACAUCAAGAACACUCCACUCCUAUGGCCCUUCCCCAAAUUUAAAGGAGAAUGAAGCAUAUUUAUAGAACUUUCUAGUAAUUGCACAUUCUGACAAAUAAACAUGUGAAAGUCUGGAUAGAUGGGCACGCUAGUGUAAUAGUUUAUGGAAUAGUUCAGCCAAUAAUUAAUAAUUGCUGAAUAUUUACUCAUCCUCAGGCCAUCCAAUAUGUAGCAUUUACUUUUACAGAACCAAUUUGGAGAAAUGUAGCAUUACAUCACUUGCUCACCAACUUACCAUGCAUUGAAUGGGUGCCGUCAGAAUGAGAGCCCAAACAGCUGAUAAAAACAUCACAAUAAUCCACAGCACUACUCCAGUCAACGAAUUAAUGCAUGUGAAGCAAAAAAACUGUUACACUUCUGGCUAUAAUCUAUAAUAUUGCUUCCUUCAGUGAAAAAGUUCAUCACUUGUCCUCUCACAAAAUGCACCUACAUAUUAUUUGUUUAGAAAUAUGAACAGUUUUAGCUUGUAAACAGUGCUUGAUCUUUGCAUAUUUCACUCCUGAUUCAGGUAAGAGGACUUUUGUUCCACCGGGAAAAAAGCAAUAUUAUGGAGAGAAAUCUCUUAUUUUAGCCAAAAUAAAUGGUUUGAAGUUAAAAUUCAUUUAAUUGUUUUAUUGCAAACUCACAGCUUUUCACUUUACAAUGUUAAUUGAUGGACUAGAGUGGAAUGUGGAUAAUUGUAACAUUCUUAUCUGUUUAUUCUCAUCAUCUACAUCUUGGCUGACUUGAGGGUGCAUAAAUUUGAUCCAAAUUUACAUUUAAGUAAAUAAUUCCUUUAAAAAAAAAAAAUCUACAGAGAUGUC